CUUUGCUGGUUCCGACAACCUGCCGGGCAAUUUACCACAAGGCCUGUUCUCUCCCGUCUCGCACCGGGGUGGAGCUAGAGGCAGUCCAUUCAUCAUUCUGGUUAUUCUUACAAGUCUUAGAAUGAGGAGGCCAAUGUGUCUGGAGGAGAGGGUCCGACUUAUUAGUGCCAAGAUAGAUGCCAAAUCCUGUCCAUUCUAAGGUUCAUACGAUUAGAGGAAAUAUGGUUUUCCGAAUUUCACCCUCUCUUCAUGUCGGCCUUUAUUGUCUUUUCAGAGGAGAGCUGUGGCCAAGUUCUUUCAGUUUCCACGCCAUCUUCCGAUCAUCAGAUAGCUGUUCGCAACUAUGGAUAACAAGAAUGAUGAGAAUGGUAUGGGUGAAAUAGGCCCAGACCAAAUGGAGCAGACUUCUCCUCACCAGCUGUCACCAGGGAGUGCCAGCUCGACACACAUGACCGUCAUAGCAGGGAACGCGAAGAGUCCGUAUUUGCCAACAGGGAAUGACAAUCUCCCGCCAGGACCACGUUUAGGUGGUGGAGGAGAGAGUGGGAGUAAGGAAGAGCAGGAUUUAGCAGUCCAAGUCAUUGAUCUUGAAGUCCUUCCAUCUGAUUCAGACGAUGGUGUAAGACGCCACAUCGAUGAAAUCGGGGCUAAAUUGAAUAUCAAACACGUGAUGGGAUGUCUGCGUCUGCUGGCUGAUUUACUUCGCAUCGCCGCAAAUGCGGUUGCUACAGAUGCCAGCCAGUUGGUCAAAGUCCAGGAGCUACAAUUUGAUGUGAUUAAGCUCAAUGAUGCAGUGUCGUUGAUGAUACAAAGUGAUCAAAGUGGAGCUAAUAACAUACUUGAGAAGCUGAAGAUAGCCUAUCUGUACCUUCAGGAUGGUUUCCCUGAUUUUGCUAAGACUGACAUUGACGUGAUCUCUAAGGACGUCAAGUCCAUGGAAGAGGCAACACAGAAAUGUAUCCGGAAUAUCAGGGCAGCAAAGAGCACAGAGGAAACCGUGUUAAAGUUGGUCAAGAGUAAGAAGGUGGAGAGGUCGAGAAAGGUGGCCACUCUUCUUGAGGAGAUUGAAGACAUAAAAGCAAAGAUAGGAACCGGGAAGAUCGAACCGGUAUUGCCCACCACUGGCCAAGAACCUCUCCUUGAUGAGUCUAAGCCUCGCCAUGCUGCAAGGUGGCAGAUGGUAUAUGACAUUGGUAUCAAUGCACUUCUGCAAAUGGGAUGUCAAGCUGUAAGGGAGGUAACAGGCCACAAUUCGCCUAUUAUUUUGUUCGAUGUGAUAGGCUACCAAAUCUUGAUAAAUAUGUUGUGGACCAACAAGAAAGAUAGAGAAGACGACGUGGCACACAAAACACUAAAAUCUGCCUUACUAUUCAUUGCACCGACAGUUACUGUAUUUGCCAUCGCCUCUAAAGCCGAUGUGAGGCAGGUUUUGCAAAUAGGUUGUGGAUUUGGCCUACCGGCUCUUUCUCUUUCCUUCAAAGACGUCUCUCCAAGACCACCAGCCAUACAUGAUAUCAGUAAGGAGAGUUUGAAAUUCAUCUGGCGUGGUGUAUGUGCCAUUGGAGUUGUCCCGGUGAUUGGCGGAUGCAUAUGUCAGAAACGGAACAUUCAGAUAUUUGCACUUGAAAAGUGCCUACAGAUCCUUGAGAAGAAAAAGGCAUGUUUUGGACCAUUCACAACUGGGAUGUGGUUCUUCAUCAUCUCCUGUAUAGUGAAUCGACGCCAAUUAUCUGUGCCUCGUACAGUCAUCAAAUGCCUACCUGGACUGGAUUCUGCCUCUGCCAGACCGAAAGACCCUCCAAGUGUUUACGAGCUGCACGAGUUGAACGAGAAAUUACGCGACAAGCGCGAAGCAUUGGUUGAAGCUGUUGACAACGUGUACAUCUCUUUGCUGGUGAUCAUGGUUAUUGAGAAGUCCCUACCCCUACUGGAUGACAUGACCAUCGUCUUGGACUAUGCAACAACGCUGGUGACUAACUGGUACACGGAGUGUAAAGAUAUCGUCGAGCCCAGCAUGCAGCAGAGUAUCGACAGAGCAGAAGGGCUGUCUGAAGAGGAUAAACACAGGUACUGGGACUCCCUGUUCUUCAAGAAGGAAGUCAAAGGGUAUUAUGAAAGAUGGCGCGCACUGCAGGUGUUCUGCGAAAAGAACCGUCCAUCUUUGAAGAGCGCGCGACAGCGGGCUGAGGGCCACUACACUGAGAACCUCUACCCCCGGGAUGCCGUGAGGAAGGCCUGGGAACUGGCUGCAGAGGAGCCUGACGAGGAGAUCAGAGGUCUUGUGGAGGAGAGGCGCCAGUGGUUGGAGGAAAAGGCUAGCUGUGGUGGCCCCAUUGAAACGGUAGUUCCAUUCAGAGUUAAGACCGAGAACGAGUAGUUGAGGAGAUGGUGAACUUCUGUAUCUGUGCUUGAUAAUCUACCACGUCAUCUAGCUGCAUAUGCACUGACAAGGUUGACUGCUAGGCUGCACUAACUUCUUGGGUACACAGGCAGCGGACUUUCAUUGUAAGAGGUCCUUUAAGUGGCUGAUACCUGGACACUUUUCUGGGUGAACCUAGCAUGUUCUAUGGUAUUCAAGAUAAUCUGAACCUUACCCUUGGCACUGAGUGUCACUAUACUAGAAAUACCAAUUUCACAGUAUUUGAUGUACAUGUACAUCGUAUUGCGUUCCGGUUUGAUUACUAUCUAUUUCCUAUACACAGUGUAAACUUGAAAGCAUUAUGGGCAGUAUCAUUCCUACCGAGUAUUCCAAAUGGGCUUUCAGCUUUAGCGCUCGAGUGUCACUCGGUGCCAGUGAUUUUUACUUUCACUUUCACAUACUUUUAUACUAAACCAAGGGCGUGGAUGAUUAUUGAAUUACUGGUGAAUGAAACGGAAAAAAUGCUUGCUAAACACGGUUUAUGUUGCUUAUUUGACCUCUUUUGAUUAGAAGAUGUAAGUUCCAGUCUUGUUCUGAAUAGGUCCUAUUCGCUGUGUUUGAUACCUUUGAUAACUCGAGUGUAAAAUACCAAUAGGCUACUAUAGAAUCGGCCAGGAGACGUCGCAACUGUCUAGAUAAUGAUAACAGUGGAACUAAUAGUACUAAUAUACAGUGUAUUCUGUAGCUGAGUGUCUGACAACUCCUGGCAAGGAGUGUUUCUUUUGCUUUCUUGUGAUUAGUUUAGUCUCUUUUCCCUCUGCAAAUUGGCUAUGAUUACGCACCAGAGGUGAUUUGGCCAUCGAUGUCCAUUCUCAAUGCAAGAUGGCGUCACCCUGUUGAGAACCAACAGUUAUGUAACUUGCCACAUGCAAACAGACUACUAAAAACUGUAAUUUGUACUAAUAAAGCUUGAUUGUGUUUAUAUUCAA